AUGGACGGCCCGCUUAUCCAAACCAAACAAUUUGGGAAUAUCGGCCAGCUUGCACCGGGCCACAUCCAGACCGUUGAUGUGGCUAUUCACACGAUUCGUCGUACCACCGGAAAUGUGGGCGUCACCAUCACAUUAAGAAACGCCAACGAUCAAUUGGUGGCAGCUUCGGUUCGUACGACACUCAAGAUAGGUUUACCUGACUAUACGGAAGAUGAAAGGGCGCUACGAUUCCAUGAGGCACCUACUUGGAUGCAGCAAGCCAAAUUUGGAAUAUUUAUCCAUUGGGGUGUGUAUGCGGUGCCUUCAUGGGCCCCUGUUGGUCAAGCGUACGCCGAGUGGUACUGGUGGCAAAUGAAUAUGGGAAAGGCUACACGCGAGUACCAUGAAAACGCAUUCGGCACCAAAUUUGAGUAUGACGAUUUUCUUCAACUGUGGAAACCGACCGAAUUCGAUGCGAACCGUUUGCUGGAACUCAUUGAUGUUUCGCGCGCAAGAUAUUAUGUGUUCACCACCAAACAUCACGACGGUAUUGCAUUGUGGGACACCAAAGUCACAAGUCGGUCUACGGUCCAGCUGGCACCUCACCGUGAUUUUGUCAAAGAACUGGACACGGUAUCGAAAACUGCUUUUCCACAUUUGAAACGUGGUUUAUAUUAUUCUCUCCCAGAGUGGUAUCAUCCAAGCUAUUUUGACCCGUCUUUAGGUUGGCGUGGACCGCCACGGAAUGCAUAUACCGGAGAACGAGUGCCGUACACUGGCAGCCGACCGAUUUCUGACUAUGUAAAUGAACUCCAGGUACCGCAGAUUCUGGAAUUGAUUGACACUUUUCAACCAGAUAUUCUUUGGUGCGAUAUUGGCGGUAUCAACAAUUCGACGGCGUGGCAAGGGAAAUUUUUUGAUGAUGGGCAACAAAGAGAUCAGCAAGUCAGUCUAAAUGAUCGGUGUGGUAACCACAUAUCUGAUUUCAGUACCAUUGAAUAUCGUGCUGUAAAUAUUCCUCCUCCAAGGUUCUGGGAAGCGACGCGUGGUAUUGACCCGUAUUCGUUUGGUUACAAUCAUGCAACGCGACCGGACCAGUACGCGUCAACGACGUCGCUUAUUGUUGAACUGGUGAAUGUGGUGACAAAGGGCGGUAAUUUCCUGCUCAAUAUUGGACCGGAUGCAUCAGGAAAAGUACCAGAUGUGAUGGCGAAUUGUUUGCGAGAGAUAGGACAAUGGCUGGAUAAAGUGAAUCCGGCGAUCUUUAAUAGCGAACCCUACUGGGUGACCACUGAAGACACUCUGGAACCGGGCCAACCUUUACGCUUCAGCCAACGACGCGAUGGUAGGGCGUUCUACGUUUUUAGUCUGCAACGGCCUAUUCAUCGAAUGGUCGUCAAGACCGUCAUCCCCCUUCGACAGCAAUCAGUGAUACGAAUGAUGGGGUCCGCCAUCGAAUUGCGUUGGGAAGUACAUAAUAAUGGUCGCUUAAUUAUUGUCAUCCCAUCUGGCAUAACCAAUACGUUGGAACAUGUCUGGGUAUUUGAAGUAUUGCUCUGA